AUGGUUAAUCAUAAUAAUCAUCAUCAGCGGUUCACCGAUCUCAAUCACAUGGUAGAUCAUCAUAAUCAUCAUCAGCGGUCCACCGAUCGUAUCCACAUGGUUAAUCAUAACAAUCAUCAUCAGUGGUUCACCGAUCUCAACCACAUGGUAGAUCAUCAUAAUCAUCAUCAGCGGUUCACCGAUCGUAUCCACAUGGUUAAUCAUAACAAUCAUCAUCAGCGGUUCACCGAUCUCAAUCACAUGGUACAUCAUCAUAAUCAUCAUCAGAGGUUGACCAAUCUCACCCACAUGGUAGAUCAUUAUAAUCAUCAUCAGAGUUUCACCGAUCUCAUCCACAUAAGUGGAUCCCUUGAGAUCGCCGGUAUAACCUAA